GAGACAGUAAGCCAUCCCCACCCAUUCCUAGUCACUCCGUGGGUUUUCCACUGACUUCAUUCAUCACAGCAAACGGGGAGCAGGCUCACCAGAGAGCCUGUUGAGCAGAAAACUAGAAGAACUAAAGGGUUAUAGUGGGCGAGUAAGUGCAGCAAGAGUUGGAGAGAGGAUGGAGGUGAGUUUCAGCCGUUAAGACACGCAGCUCCAGGAAUCUGGCCGGGUCAGAUGCAACAGCUUGGACACUGGUUUAGGGUGCGAGAAGGAGAUGAUGAGCCCGGACAACUACAAGAAUCUGCACCAGGAGGAGCCAUCUGCCGCGGAGCUGGCUCAGUGCGAGGCAGAGGUCAGGAUGCUGCUCAGCAUCAUCGCAGAGGUCAACAAGAAGAUGGGGUCUCUCAAAGCUCCAAGUGACUCUGGUGACUCGAGUACACCCAGGCCAUCCAGUCCACUCUUCCCAGACCUGCUGUCUCACAGACUCUCCCGAUGCGGCCCUGAGAAGAAAUCUGACUCGUCAUCCAAACAUAGAGCACCACCAGGCGGCGUUGUUUGGUGCAACCUACAGGACGCUAUAUCUGCCGUGGAGGACUCCAUCCAGUGUAGAAGGUCCUGGGCUGUCCCCCUUGCUUUGUCCGACCAAGACAAGCACAGAGAGCAUCUAAGAGCAGCGCAGGACAGCUGGACUAAGACGUCCCAGAUUUUGGAGGAUAUGGAGAGAGAAUUUGGGAUUUCAUGUCCUAGUUUACCAACGCUACAGCAAGAGAGUCUGGAUCAGGGGACUCGACUCAGAAGUUCCUCACAGAGUCAGCAGAGGGAGGCAGAGCGUUGCGUGAUGGAGGAGGAACGGAACAAGCCAGCUGGUCAUCACUGGGCCUGGAGAUCAGGCAGUGUUUCUCCGUCCUACAGACAUGCUGCCGUUCCUCUCCCUCCAGACUGGACCUCCCAGUCUGUUCCAAAUUCUCCCCUGAUCUUCAGGAAAUCAGCCAGAGCAGCGCCACUUUCAUCAGUGGGAGGGGAUGGCUCUUCUAUGGGGUCCCUUCACUCAGGAAGUCCAUGUCCCAUCAACCCAGACGGGGAGAUGGAGCGACUUACCAGAUACGUGGAGAAACUCAAGUGCAGGAACGAGCGUCUUACUGCAGCUAUGGAUAGGAAGAGAGCUGAGUCAGAUCAGCUGCUCAUGACAGUGAAGCGACUGGAGUCGGACUGUUCCGCCUUGCAGGCUGCGCUCAGACACUGUGGGCAGAGUGAGGAGGUCUACGAUGAGCUGCUGGCUCUCUAUGAUGCCAAGAAGCAGCAUGGAAGCCUUCACAGAGCAGAGGUUUGUGAGGAGCCGCAGCCCAAUGAUCUGUUGGUUCAUAUCAGCCAGACGGACACUGAAGAGAUCUCCACCUCCUUCUCAACUGCAGGUGGCGCUGAAGAGACUCUUUGUACUGGAGGCCAGAGAAACCCUGAGUCAGCAGAACGAGAGGUUUUUCUCCUGCGGCAGCUAGAUCGUCUGAAGAGAGAGCGUGCUGCUCUUUGCAUCCCAAAACUCAACCUGGCAGCCGUGGAGGGCCAAAUGAGCUCAGAUUGUGGUUCCAGGGCCAGCAGCUUGACUCAGGAACUCACCAGACCGGCCGAAGGGAGGAGAGAGAAGCUGGUUUGUGAGCUUGUCUCGGCCAGGGAGGAAAUAUCGGACCUGCGAGCAUUAGUCCACCUCAAAGAGAAGGAGCUGAGGUGUCUGGAGUGGACUUUGAUGGCCCGGAAAGUGACUGGAACAUCUGGAGUGUUGGAGCCUGAAAACGCUGAGGAGGAGCAGGAGGCCGGCAGGACUGAACAACAGAGGCUGUACGAGUGUCGACCCAUCCUGACGCUGCAGGCCGUCCUACACAGAGAACAAGUAAUGAAGAGGAGAAUGGCUCUUGUGCGUGACUCGGACAGUGCUCCCAACAGAUGCAACGGUGAAGAUCAGAUCGCUCGCCUCACACAUGCUCACAGUAAAGCUUUGAGCGCGUACCGACACCUUCGCAGGAAAUACCGCGAGCACGUGUGGCGACUCGAACAGAAAGUGAUGGCAAUGGCGGAGAGUCAACACAACCAGAGUGAAUCAUCACAGAGUGAAGAAUCAGAGUGGCGGAGGGAGGAGACAGUGCUGUGACCUGACAGAUGAUGAAGCUGAUGAGAAGGGUUUUACUCUUUCAUCCCAACACGUUUUGCGUUCACCAAAAUCCACCUGUCCAGGUGGACUCGCAUCACACGUUGUUCACAUCUCUGAUUUUUUUCCCCCAGGACGGAAUCCAUGGUGUGAAAGCCUCCUAAGUUACUCACUACCCCAUAUAUCAUGUGUACCUGACAACAAACCACUUUACCUGCUGCAGACGGAGUCAGCAGGCCUUGUUUGUUUGCUGAGUGCUGUUCAUGGGCAUGACAUCUCAUGACCGCGUUCAUGGAUUUAUUUCAGUGUCUGCAUGAAUACACAGUCACCGCUGCAUGGACAAACAUUUAGGACAGAAUAACAACACCAAUGCUCCACUUUGCUUUCAUGACGGACCUUUGUUGUAGCUUUCUUGGUGGUUUGAAAGAAAUUUGAAAAAAAAUUAGAAAUUAGAAAUGUGACUUACUCAACUGCCAGGUGAUCAACCUCACAGUAAUAGCUGGCAUGGACCGUCCCUUUUUUGGCUCCGUGAAAUGAACAGUGUUUUGUUAGCGUGUUUUAUGGAGAACAAUGAUGAGACGUGGAGAAUUCAGCAGGUGAGGAUGACAGCUGCAGGAGUGCCUAAAAACUGUCAGUCAAGAUAGUCUUGAGUUGCAACACAUUGGGUCAGAACCUGAAGUGCUCUUCAUCUGGUUAAGGUUGAAAAUGGAGCAGCAGCUUGUAGUCCUAAUCAGACUGACCCUGGAGGUCUGCAGGGUUCAACCAGGGUCAAGAGGUCUGAUAGGUGUGCUGAACCCAAGCCUCAGAUUUAUGGACCGUCAGUAGAAUUUUGAUGAGACAUUUGCAGUGACCUUUAUUUCAUCCUUAUUCAGUCCCAGCCUCUUCUGGAUCACUUGAAGGUUCACGUUGAGGUCGAAUCACCCCACCAAACACCAGGUCAUAUUUGCCAUAAACAAGAAUUUAUUCUUCCACUCAAGGUAAUCUGGGACUAUUUUGACUAUUUUGUGUUUUGCUGUGCCUGACAAACAAAAAGUAUUUUAUGUGCUGAUUAAAACUAAGUUGACUAGUAUUUAAAACUAAAAGACUAGUAUUUAAAAUGUCCUACACAAUCCAGUUCGUCAUUUCAGUUUUGUCAAAAUACGAGAGAAAUGUGGCUAUUUUAGCGGAUCAAUGAGUGUCCCAACCCAUCAUCCCAUUAAUAAUAGAGUUGUGACUGAUUAUUUCAAUAAACUCAUCCUGCACAGUGAAUAAAGACGUGCAAACA